AUGUCGACCCUCGAAGAUCUGGAAGACCUUGAGCGCGAGGAGAGAGACAAGAAGAAGGAGCAGGGCGAUGGUAACGGUGACGGCCAGAAGCCCGGAGGCGAUGGCGAUGCCGAAAUGCAAGACGCCGACUCGAAAAAGAAAGAGGAGGAAGAUGAGCUUCUGGACGAUGAGAUUUUGAAUUCGAGCACAGCAGACAUCGUCAAGCGGCGGCGGAUGCUGGAGAACGAGCUCCGCAUAAUGAAGAGUGAAUAUCAGCGGUUGACGCACGAGCAGAGCACAAUGCGGGAAAAGGUUAAGGAUAACCAGGAAAAGAUCGAGAACAACAGACAAUUACCGUACCUUGUCGGAAACGUUGUUGAACUGUUGGACCUGGAUGUCGAGGCAGAGGCCGCUGAAGAAGGGGCCAACAUCGAUCUCGAUGCUACCCGCGUGGGCAAAUCCGCUGUCAUCAAGACAUCGACCCGUCAGACCAUUUAUCUCCCACUUAUUGGUCUUGUAGAUCACGAGAAGCUCAAGCCCGGUGACCUGAUUGGUGUGAACAAGGAUUCAUAUCUCGUUUUGGAUACGCUACCCGCCGAGUAUGACAACCGAGUGAAGGCCAUGGAGGUCGAUGAGAAGCCAACAGAGAAGUACACGGAUAUUGGUGGUCUGGACAAGCAGAUUGAAGAAAUCGUGGAAGCUAUUGUAUGGCCAAUGAAGGAGGCGGAGAGAUUCAAGAAGAUCGGUAUCAAGGCACCAAAGGGUGCUUUGAUGUACGGUCCUCCUGGUACCGGUAAAACCCUCCUCGCCCGAGCCUGUGCCGCAGAGACAAACGCCACAUUCCUGAAGCUUGCGGGUCCCCAACUGGUACAGAUGUUCAUCGGUGAUGGUGCCAAGCUGGUUCGUGACUGCUUCGCUCUUGCAAAGGAGAAGGCCCCAUCGAUCAUCUUCAUCGACGAACUGGAUGCCGUGGGUACCAAGCGUUUCGACUCGGAGAAGUCCGGUGAUCGUGAAGUGCAGCGGACGAUGUUGGAACUUCUAAACCAGCUUGACGGCUUCGCCUCGGACGACCGUAUCAAGGUCCUGGCCGCUACGAACCGUAUCGACGUCCUCGAUCCCGCCCUUCUCCGUUCCGGUCGUUUGGACCGCAAGAUCGAGUUCCCCCUGCCCAACGAGGAGGCCCGCGCAAACAUCCUGCAGAUUCACUCCCGCAAGAUGGCCGUGGACGACACUGUCAACUGGGCUGAACUGGCCCGAAGUACCGAUGAAUUCGGUGGUGCACAGCUCAAGGCUGUCUGUGUGGAGGCGGGUAUGAUCGCGCUCCGUAAGGGCAUGAACAAGGUCGGGCAUGAGAACUACGUCGAUGCGAUUGCCGAAGUCCAGGCCAAGAAGAAGGAUACGAAUAUGGGUAUCUAUGUCUAA